GCAAUUCCAGCGAGUCUCGACGGAAUUUUCCCCACGCUGAAACGCCCUCCAGCGAAUCCGAACGAAUAUUUCCUACAACUCUUCCCAGAUGUUGAAAAAUUUCGGGGAAAGUUCGUGAAGAAAUUGCAAGGAUCCUGGAUGGUGGAAUUGGAAUCGAAGGAUGGAAGAUCUGUCGUUGAGGCCUUGUGCAGAGAUGGCUAUGUUACUCGCAAUCAGACCCCGGAACCCCAAAGAAAUGUGACGUCUCCGUCGGGUCCUCAAGCGUCACAGCCAACGUCUCCCAGACGGGUUCUUUUGCCCACUCCGAAAUUGCCUCCUGCCCCGUUUGUCAAGUUGAAUACGUCGCCGAAACGGACUUUUCCAUCGACUCCGAGACCACCGACGAAUAACCAUCCUUCAUACCCACGGAAUUCUGUGUCUCCAACGACGAAACAACCAAUUUUGCCGAGUCCUCCCCGAAUGUCCACUCCGGUGUCCCCGCCGAAGCAACCCGUAAAUUCAUCUCCAGGGAAAACGAGUCCUCUUUCCAUCCCGACUUCCCCGAAAAAGGCGCCUCAGAACCACGAGGAAUGUUCGCCAACUGCGGGAUUGUAUCUGCCGCAUGCGUCAGACAGCAUAACGACCAAUUCCAAACACGACGUGUUCUUGUCUUGGUUUGAAAACGUGAAAGUGUUAUACCUGCAGCUGGUGAAGCAGGAAAAGCGCCAGACGGACAUGGGGAACCGUUUGCAAAUUGCGUGUGCCGAGGGUGUGGAAUCCAAAUUGUUGCUGAAACCCGGGGACUUUGUUGAAGGGACCAUUUUGGCAGCGAAGUUUGAGGAUGACAACUUGUGGUAUCGGGCAGAGGUUGUGGGACACCAUCGGGACACUGGUCGUUUAGAGGUCUUCUUUUUUGAUUAUGGCAACCGAGCUGAAGUGGGACUCGAGGAUGUGCGGGGUUUGAGUCCUGAAUUCUGUCAGCUUCCGAAACAGGCGAUUCCUUGUUUACUUUCGCAAUUGGCAAAUACCUCAAAGGCGUACCCUGACGGCGAUCCGACGGGUUACGUCACAAACCAAUUCCCAGACCUAUUCUUCAAAGCAACAUUCCGUACGCAGAAUUCUGACGGAUUUUGGGACGUAGAAUUGACAUCUUCAGACGGGAAAAAAUUGGAAGAGCAGUUGUGUUCGGAUGGUUUCGCAUCGAUCGUCAAUGGCGGUGGAGGCGAACCAGCAGCGCCAAAAAUUAUGACGCCUUCGACGAAAGUUGCCAAUAGUUCCCAAGUAUCGAUGAGUGAAUUGCGAAAUUUGAGGGAUGAAAUCAAGGCGAUUCCGGUGGGUAAAAAUGCGGAUGACAAGAAAACCGAGACGCAAAGGAACGGGUCUCAUGGAGAAACUUCGCAAAUUUCCGGAUCCCAAAAUGGGGUGAAAGAACCGGUUGAAGUUAAAUUGGUCGAGUGGGUGCCAAAUCUUAAGGAUUUUAUUCUGCGACUUCCAUCUCCGGGAGCAGUUGGGAACAUAGUUUCUCCAGCUACAUUCGAAGUGGUUCCACCAGAUUCCAAGUCUUGGCUGUCUUCAGUCAAAGGUGCCACUGGACUUAAGUGCUUUUUGACUGGUGUUGUUCCGGUGGACGGGAAAUGGAGUGAGGAAUCCAUAGAGUUCUUCCGGAAUGCGGUGCAAGAUGACGAAAUGUUUGUCACUGUGGUUCAUUCCGGUGAAAUGUGCGCUGUGAAGCUCAACACGAGUUCCGGAGAUUUGGCUGAAUUGCUCAUCGAAAAGAAUUUCGGCGUGCGUGGAAUUGUUCUGCCCGCUUGGAAUCCCGGAAAAUAUGAGGGAUUUUUGGAAUCUAUCGAUUUGGAUGCGGGUUUUGUAGUUUUCCAUGCCGAAGGAGACCGGUCUGAUUUAGCAGCGUUAAGUAUUCAGCUUGAAAUCAACUUGUUGGAAGAGCAAAAGAUGGAAAAGGUUCACGUUGGAUCGUAUUGUGCCUUGAGAACUGGAAUCGAAGGACUGAAGGAUCCGAAGUGGGUGCGAGCUCAAGUGAGAGGCGAAGACUGUGAUGAGUUGAUAGUUUAUUCAGUGGAUACCUGCGAGGAACUCGUGGUGUCUAAGCGAUUCGUGCAGCCCUUGCCUCAGGGGCUCUUUUACACUCCCAGCUUGGGUGUCAAGUGUGUUUUGAGUUGGCCCUGUCCCGAUUGGGCCAGUGACAAUGAUAUCAAGUCGGCUGCUUUAAAAUGUGAUUUGAAUGGAUGCGUGUUGGAGGUGAGCCCGGAAAACGAGUUCCGGGUGUUCAAGCGGUUGGGUGAAGACCUUGUCGACAUUCCGACUUAUUUAAUGAAGCUGAGGGAUGAAGCUCCGAAAAUAUUAAAUGUUGCAACGAACGCUGAUUACCAGGAGAUGCUUUUGCCUGUUGGUUCCGAAGAAGAAUGUGUCAUUUCCCAUUUUGUCGACCCUGGCGAAUUUUGGGUCCAUUUUUCGAAGAAUGCCGUGAAUUUGAAUUCACUCAUGGGGCGACUGUUGGAGUUUUACGGAAACUUUGAAGCGGAUGAAUGUUGGAGUGCCAUUGAACCUGGAACGGUCUGCGUUCUUCAGUACCCAGAUCACAUGUAUGUUCGUGGAGUUAUUCAGGAUCGGAGCGAUGAUCCGAAUAAUACCCUGAUUUGGGUCCGGGCCUUUGACUAUGGAAGUCAGCAUCGUGUGCCCAGAGAAUUCCUCAAGAAAAUCGAGCCGGAAUUUCUCGAAGAACCCGCGUACUCGGUUUGUUGCCGGAUCCAGGCCAAACCAACCGAAGAUAAAUGGAGUCACGAAGCCGUGGAAGCCUUCGAACAACUGACCCACAAUGAAGGUCACGAGAGGAAAUUUACUGUCAAAUUCCACCACGUUCAAGGCGGGGAAAAUGUGCGGUACAUUGUGGACUUAUUCGACUCUGACGGCCAUAGUGUGACCGACAAAUUUGUGUCUCUGGGUCACGGGAUUGCGUUGGACGAGUCUGAGAACCUGGAUGAUGAAUCCUGGCUUGAAGUCAAAGAGCUUUAUUGAUCCUACCACAGAAAAAAGGGUUGAUCUUGAGAUUUUCUGCGUCAUCUGCUUGGAAGGAAGAAGAACAAGCUGGAAGUCCAAUCUGAAUUUUUCCUGUCUGACCAAGAAUUUCCCAACUCGGAAAGCUCAUUUAGUUGAUGUCGUGAAUGUUCCCUGUGUAGAAAUCAUUUUUGCCUUUGAUCAAAUUUCGUGUGAUCAACGGAUUCAUGUGUCGCGGCAGUACUUCGUGUGUUACAGUGUAUACUCAAAUUUAUGUUCAAAAAAAAAUACUGUUCCAAGGGAUUUCGCGUAAGCGUUACUGCUUUAAGACGCGCUUUUCCAGUGCGUCUCCAAACUCGGCCCUUUUAAACUUUCCAGUGGCACUGUGUGAUCCGUGAGAUAAUGUGCCUUUUUUUGUGAAGUUGGAAUUACUGUAUUUGCCAAUUUUUAAGCCUCGAAUUGAAACUGUGAGGUUCGGCGUGCCAGGUGAAAUUUUUUUUCCGUUAUUUUUCGUGUGUGCAAGGGUUGUCUGGCUUCUGCACGAAUCGGAGUGAAGAAACUAAGUUAAUUCUUGAAUCUGAGAUUGCUUGGAAUAAUCAUUUCGGUUCAUCCUCCACAUUCCCACAAUUGACUUUGAAUUUUUGCAUUGAAAUACCUCAUAGACUUCAGCUCUAUUCCUGUUACACGUUGUGAAGGGAUAUGAAUUGAGUUAUAAAACUCGAUUUUGAAAAUGCAUCAGGAGAAUCUCUUAACAAUUAACCCUUGGAACUUGGUAAAAAAUUGUUAACAAAAGAUUCGUUAUAGUGAGUCUCAAGCAGAAUUGUGGCUUUUCCGGAUGGAUCUCACAAAAUACACUAAUUCCUUCUAAAAAUUAAUUCCUUGUGCCAAGCUUUCACCACACUGUUUAUUUAAUAAAACUUGAAAUGUAUGAAUCAGAAUUUCCAGGCUUUUUUCUAAAUUUGCAUCUGCCAAUAGUUAUCUUCAAAUUUCUUUUCAACUGUUGAGGAAUUUGAAUAUUAUUUCCGGAUUAUGCCGCUAAAAAUCCAGACAACCCUCGCAUAUUUGUUGGGAAUUCGUUGAAGCAAAAUAUUAUCCACAGUGUUCGAAUACGGACUGUGUCAAGAAUAAAUACCGAUCAAGUUGAGAAAUAC